CCACCACCACCACCUCCACCUCCUCCACAACCACCCAUCACCACGCCAAAUCCCGCGGGCUGCCAUCGUCAGUGCGCUUUGCAUCGUCGCUCAUUGACUCAUCUCUGCAUCGGCGCGACGCUCUCGAGGCUUGCAUCUCCGUCCAACUCGUUUGCCCGGACGUCCUCGUUUUGCAGCUGUCGGCUUCCCCACGUGAUGAAGUAGAUUGCCCGUCGUUUUUCUUUUACUCGACAUCCUGCUGCGCACCGCAGAUAGAUUGCAUCUUCCCGUUCUCGACUCACGAAAUCCCGCAUCGACACAUAGUCGGCCCCAUUCGCCCUCUUGCGCUAACACGCGUCCACCACUGGUCCCUGGUCCUGUCGGCGCUCUCUGCUUGCUGAGGCGCCUCGGCCAUCGGCCUCGACACACGACACCACCAUGUUUUGGAGGUUUGGCGGUUACGCCAACAUAUCCACUAUCGAUACGAUCCUUGAUAAACCCGACUUUGCCCUCGAAGACCUGCUCGACGAGACCGAUUUGAUCCAAGAGCUUAAACAGCACAACUCCAAGCUCAUUGAGUACCUUCGCGAAGACGCCAUCCUUAAGAAGCUCCUGGCAUACGUUGUUGCCCCUAAACUUGAGACUUUUAUUGCCAAAGCCGGCGCGAACGAUGAUGGCGACGAUACUGCUGAUGGGGCUGCCGGCUCGGCUUUGGGAGGCUUCUCCCAAGGUGCUGACGUAUUGGGCGCCGAGGAGCACGAGGAACAAGAGCGAAAGCGCAACCGAUACGCCCUUGUUGCCUGUGAAAUCCUAAGCUCCGACACUUGGUCGAUAUACGAAUCCUUAACCGAAGACCCCGAGAUGAUUCGCCAGUUUUGGAACUUUUUGUCGCGACCUGCACCUCUCGACCCAUUGCAGGCAAGCUACUUUACAAAAGUCAACGAAUCGCUCUUCGAGAAGAAGACAGAAGACAUGAUGCAUCUUUUGCAGAGCUUGCCCACCGGCAUUUCGGAUCUGCUCAAGCAUGUAGAAUCUCCUAUGAUUAUGGAUCUGUUGUUGAAGAUUAUUGCCCUGGACCGUACCGACGGUGGCCACGGCAUUGUAGAGUGGCUGUACUCCAAAAACCUUAUUCCAACGCUCCUAUCGUUUAUUAGCCCCGAACACGGCUGGGUCGUCCAGACUGCUGCUGGUGACUUUCUCAAGGCUAUCAUUACCAUCUCCGCCAAUGCGUCACAAAAUGAACAGCAGUGUAUCGGUCCCAACGAACUGACACGCCAGCUUGUAUCGGAAGAAUGCGUCAAGCAGCUUAUUGGAUAUAUGCUCAAUGGCGGUAACCCACUAACUGUCGGUGUUGGUGUGGUCAUUGAGGUGAUUCGCAAGAACAACUCUGACUACGAUCCCGAUGUUGUCAUUGAGGCACAGCAUGCCCCAACCAGCAGAGAUCCCAUCUACUUGGGCACUUUGCUGCGCCUUUUCGCCGAGAACGUGCCCAAAUUCAUGACCCUAAUUAUGGAGGGACCCAGAUCUCAGAACAGCAUGGACUCGACCUUUGGCGAGAGAUUGGAGCCUCUGGGUUUCGACCGUUUCAAGACCUGCGAACUCAUGGCUGAGCUGCUUCACUGCAGCAACAUGGGUCUCCUCAACGAGGCAGGCAUUGAGAAGCUCAUAAACUCGCGCGACGCUGAGCGCCACAGACUGCGUGAAUGGGGAACGCUGAAUGCCACGCGGGACGAUGACCAGCAGUCGGGCGAUGAUUUGACUAUGAACAUGGCACAUGACUUGUCUGGCGACGGCCGCCGCCUUGAGGUUACCAAUGCCGGUGAUGAUGGUUUUGAAGAUGUCGCCCCCGAUACCGAGGAUCACAGCAGCAGCAAGUUGAACUCGAGCGAUCUGAAGACUGAUGAGGACAACUUUGUUGACGAGCCGCUGACUUCGCCAAGACUGGAUGCAUCCAAGGACAAGGUUGUUGAGCAGGCAUUUGAGAACCUUGAGCUGGUGGUUGCGCCACUGUCACCCUCCAAGCCUCCUCCUGUUGCUUUAGCCACCGAGUUGGAAGCUGCCAAUGCCGAUGUUUCCCGUACGGAGCCCAAGAUUACAACUGAAGAGGUUGAACCUGAGACGAGCGAUGCUCCUACCGGUACCACUGUCCAGACCACAGUGAAGGAGCUGAGCAGCCUACUCCUCCCCACCUCGGCUUCGGGAGACUCUUUGCCUUCUAUUCGCGAGCUCUCUCCUCACCCAGAAGACACGCCCGCUCCGCUAUUUUCAAGCGCUGCUGCUGCGUCUUCGCCCGUAGCAUCCGAUGCGGUGCCAGCAUCAGCCGCUGACGACAAGGCAGAGAAGGCCGUUCCCGAAGCCGAGGAGACCACUCCCGUGGAAGCCCCGGCUACUCUGGUUGCAGAUGCUGCUACCGAGCCUCUUGUUGGAGAUUACUUGAAGAUGCAAUUUGUCGAGCAUCGUGUUGUCCCUGUAAUAUUGUCAUUUUUCUUUAAAUACCCCUGGAAUAACUUCCUCCAUAAUGUUGUAUAUGAUAUCGUGCAGCAGGUGUUCAAUGGCCCAAUGGAUCGUGGCUACAACCCGACACUAGCAGUGUCGCUGUUUGGUGCUGCUGACAUUACCACGGCCAUUAUUGAAGGCCAAAACGUCAGCGACGAGUCGCAGGCCAAGAACAAGACGCGCAUGGGCUACAUGGGCCACCUGACCUUGAUUGCUGAGGAAGUGGUCAAGUUUACAGAGCGUCACCCGCCAGAGUUGUUGUCGGAGACUGUCCUGGACAAGGUCAUGAGCCAAGGCUGGAUUACAUAUGUCGAAGGUGCAUUGGCAGAAACUAGAGAGCGCGACAAUGCCAUCUUGGGAGGUGUCCGCCCCGAAGUUGCUCUGAGCCACCGCGAAAGUAUUGGAGCUGGAGGUGGUCUGACUCUCGGGCUCGGCGGUACCUCUGGCGGAGGGUCCUCAGCUCUCGCCCAAGCAGGACUAAAUGGAGGACUCGGCCUGGAUGAUAACGGCAGCGGGAGUAGCCUGGGAGCGUUUACCAUUACCUCGAACACUCUAAUAUCAGGCUUUGGCAGUAGUAGCGACGAGGAUGAUGAUGAUGGAGAUGUGGAGGACGAAGACGUUAACUCGGAGGUGAGUCCAUCUAAUUCUGAUGAGCCAGCAUUCUCAACGGUGACGCCCGAUUCGCCACCAGACGUCAUUAUGAAGUCGCCGGAGCCUCUGUCGCCAGAAUUACAGACGCCCGUAGAUGGCAUCUUGCUACCGGCACUAGACUCCAACGCCAGUGCGCUGGGAUCCAACGAAGAGAGCAGCAGAUAGACGGCGGCUUGGGUGGCGUUUGUUUUAUAAGAGGCAUUUGUAUUAGCAUAUAGACUGGGGAUGAAAGCACAUGAAUUUUGUAUUUAGCAGCGAUUUGGGUGACGCUACGUCGCUGGAAGAGCAAGAGCAGGGCAAUUUUAUGGAACAUAAUUGGCAACAUGGCUAUUGAUGAACAAACAGAAGAAGAGAUAACUUGUCUGGGGCGUGGGCCGGCCACCGUUGACUGGCUACUUGCUUUCCUCGCUGUGCCUACGAUACUAACGCUUUCUGUCUAUAGUUUCGCGCAUACACAGACUCGAUGAACAACCCCAGCGGCUCAUCUGACCCGCCAUCGAUUCCCCCUCCGCCACCACCUCCCCCUCCUCUGAACAUCCCGCCCUCGCGAGCUAGACUGCAGCUUGCAGCUCGACUGGCCAUGCAUCAGAAGAACACGGGUGGUGUGGACGCAUCUGACCUAGACCACAAUGGCAACGAAGACGACGACGACGACGUGGACCCGUUUGCUGAUGAUGAUGACGACCUGGAUGACGAUGAGGACGACAUGGACCACGGAGCCGAUGCCGGGGGUCAAGGGCGCGGAUCAUGGUGGAGAAAUGUAGUUGGGCGCGGCAGCGAAGAGGGCCCAGAUUCCGAGGAUGACGAGGAAUUCGGGGACUUUGCCAUGGCAGAGCCUGACGCCGCAGAGCAAGGUGACAGUGGUAAUGCUUCUGCUAGCAAAGACAAGAGCGUGUUCCGGCCACUAGCUGUCAACCCCGCCAAGGAGGCGGCGCGCAGCCUGAGUGGGCUGUGGCCGUUUAGCACGACGACCAAGACGGAGAAGAAGGGGGCAGAGAAGGACAGCGAGGACGAGGUUGUCGUGUCGCCGGUAGACGGGGACGGCCAUCACAUUGAAAAGGUCAAGGAGGCAGCGACGCGCGCUUCACUAGAUGACGAGGAGGAGGUUGUGAUUGGGCACGAGGACAAGGCAUGAAGAUAUAUGAGCAUGGUUUGUUGAUGUCGUGUCGUAUUUUCUGGGUUUUUAUUAUUGCGUGUACUUUUAUAGAUGGAUCAAAGGUUGAGAUGUGUAUUUUGCAUUUACAUAUUGCUCGAGUGUGGUAGUGGUAGUGGUGAUGAUGCGGUUACUGUUGUUGUCCAUGUACCAUUAAUUUACGGGUUUCCUUUCUGUACUCUGGUAUUCCCCCCCUCAUUGUGCAUCUGUAUGAUCCCG